GGAUGGUAGCAGAAAAUGAUAAUUUAUCAGAUGUUAAGAUAGAAGAUAUACAACUAGAGGAUGCUGCUGACAAAUCUGAGGAACUUGUCUGUCCCUUCGCUCUCAGUCUGCUGAAGGAAAUAAAAGAAUAUCAGAAUCUACACGGUCUGAAACACGAUGAUUACCAAAGAUAUAGACAGUACUGCAGCCGCAGACUUCAUCGUCUUUACAAAGGACUGAAAUUUCUGCACGGCGGUAAGAAGUUCACUAACAAGAAGAUAACGCCUGAUCUAUUUGUAAAGGAUAUCAGGUACAUGCAGAUCAUACUCCUGCAGGCCGAGAGAGCAUGGGCUUACGCUAUGGAUCUCAAACAGUUCGCUAACACUGAGUCUAGGAAACAGGUUCACCUGAUAGCUAAACUGAAGAAAGCAGUGUUCUACGCAGCAGAGUUGGCAUCUAACUGCGUCUCUCUAAAAUGUGAUACAACUACACAGCUAGAAGCUAAAGCUUAUCACCACUACAUGACAGGGGUUCUGCUGUUCGAACAGGGAAACUGGCAGAAAUCUGUCGUCUCUCUUUCAGCCGCCCAGAAGAUUUACAAUAAACUCGCCGAUGCGGUAGAGGACAGCGAGCUGUACCGUGAGAAACACGACGAGAUGACCCCUAAAGUGCAGUACUGUCUGUACAAUAUACAGAGUAUGGGUGGGGAGAAUGUACAGGGAGAGGACGGAGAGGGAUUGUUUCAAGAGCUGGAUAGUAUCAUCGCUAACAAGGCCACUAAAUCUGCUGCCGCUGUUCGUGAAAUCAAAUGGGAAGGUAAAGGUUUCACCAUAUCUAACGAUGAUAUCAAGAUACAACUGGUGCAAAUGGAAGAUAAUAUCCAACUUGCAAAGGAAUGUAGCGACCAUGAUAAGCGACUGGAACUGUACGAGGAGAUAUUAUCAGCCUGCCGAGAAAUCUCCCAACAGAUUAAGAAGGGUGACAAGACAGAGAGUUUGGAAUUAAUGACGGAUUAUUUCACCUACAUUCGCAUUAAAAACACUGUAGAUCGGUUCCUGGCUAUGGCUCAACAGGUAGCAGACAGACUAGCAGGAGUUGUGGAGACUAGAGCUGGCUCUAAAAUAGCCAGACCUGAGGACCUGGUGCGGCUAUACGAUAUUAUCUUGCAGAACUAUGCGGAUAUGAGGGAUGUUACUUCUCUCGAUAAAGAUGGAGAUACCUAUCAGAUGAUUGAUGUUAAUACUAUGUAUUACAGGACUAAACGGUGUUUCUAUAUAGCAGAGUGUCACUUAGGUCAAAGUAACUGGUUGAAUGCUAUUGUACUGUACGAUAAGUGCAGUGAACAUAUUGAGCAGACAAUUCAGGCAGCUAACGCUCUUCAAUCUAGUAAAAAUCAGUCUAUGAUAGAAGAUUUGCAAGUGUUAAGUAAACAGAUAUACAGCCAGAGAUGUUCAGCACAUGCCUCCGCUUUCUUACAAACCCAACUUGUAGAAGAGGAAAUGAAAGAGAUUUCAUCUGAUAAAAACAAGAUGCUGGCCGACAGUUUGGAAGAAUUUAAAAUAUUAAAGAACGAGAGCGAUUUACCUACGAUAGCCACGCUACCUCCAGAUUUCCAGCCUAUACCUUGCAAACCCACUUUCUUUGAUAUCUCGCUCAAUCAUAUAGAAUUCCCGGAUCUCGAAGAGAGGGUCGAAAAGGAAUCUUCGGGUAUCUUAGGAUUCACCAAAUGGAUCUGGGGGAAAUAGAGGAUUGGAAAUAUAUUUGGGACACUUAAUUCGUUUUAUCUUGAGCUAUAAUAUUGUAUAUGAUUAAAUGGUUGACCAAUUUUACUAAUCUUGACAGG